GGAAAACAUAUUGUUGUUCUUUCGCUCACGUGUUUUCGUGCCCUUUGCAGUUACGUUCGUUGAUUUCUCGCACGACACCGUAAUGGCUAAGAGUAUCAGAAGCAAAUGGCGCAGAAAGAUGAGGGCUAUCAAACGAAUCCGAUACGGCGUGAAGGAAUUGGACAGGUUGAAGACGAUGCUGGUGAACGCCGGGGAAAUCGAAGUCAAGGAAGACGGUGAAAUCGAACACGUCUGCCUCGUUAAAGCUAAGAAUGAAGAAGCUGAAAAAAUGCAGUUGGAAAAAGAAGAAAAAUCUAAAAUUGACAAAACUUUGGUACCUAAAACUACAAAAAAAGUUCAACACCCUACUUGGCUAAGGAAAAAAGAAUACAAAAAAUAUAUCAGGAGUUAUAGAAAACAACAGUCAAUUAAUUCUAAAAGAUUAAAGAAGUCUGCUAAAAAAUGAAACAUUUAUAAGAAUUUUUCUGAAAAUAUAUGUUUAUUUCAUAUUA